ACAAAGGUGCCCGACGGCCGACGGGGAAAACCUUGUUCUGUAAUCUGUCUAAAGCCAUUUCCCGGAGCACUGGGUUUGCCGCUUUAUGUGCUGCAGCUCGUCAAUGUUUCGAUUCUGAAGAAGAUAGCGGUUCAGGUGAUUGUAAAACAAUGAGUGCAGAGGUCGAGAAAACAUCUCAUAUUGAACCUGGAAAUAUGAAAAUGUCUGGAGCAACUAUUUCAUCUCCUGCACCAAUGGGAAGCCAAAAGGUUUCCAUGUUUGCAGCAAAGACUGGAUUUGUUAUACCAAAAAACAAACUUUCAGGGUCUUUGGUUCCUAUCUUUCGAGUGAACAAAAAAUCGGGAGGGAAUGAAUCAGUUAAUGGAGAAAAUGACAAACAGGCACAAAGAAAAACAAAGUGGGGUCCUGAUUUAACACAGGAUACUGCAGUCAGAAAGGGGAGGCUCAUAGCUUAUCAGACUCGAUUGGAACAAAUCACUGAACUCCUUAAGUCUGGAACUUUGGAGGUUCCAGAAACACAAGAUUCAGCAUUAGGAGCUGAGAAUGUAGAGGAUAAAUCCCCUGGAUCCCAAGCAAGUGAUAAGAAUAUACAGGUGCAGAACACUGAACUUUUGGAACUUGAAAAACGUGAAGUUAUUGGUGAAAUACUGAAACUGAAUCCAAGUUAUAAGGCCCCUCCUGACUAUAGGCCCUUGUUGAAAGAGGACAGGUUUCCUCUCCCGGUUAAAGAAUAUCCUGGUUAUAACUUUAUUGGCUUAAUAUAUGGCCCCAGUGGUGAAAAUCAAAAGCGAUUAGAAAAGGAGACUGGAGUCAAAAUGCGAAUUUGUGGUAUUAAAGCAGAGACAGGUGAAAAGGACGAAAUUAAACCAACUGAUGGACAUGAAACUCAGAAUGCUUAUGAAGAGCUGUAUGUUUACAUGUCAGCUGAUACAUUUGAUAAAAUCGAUGCUGCAAUUUCUGUUAUAGAACUCCUAAUCACUUCAAUAUCGGGUAAUCUGACCACUGGUUCCACAUUUUCUGACUUGGUUUCUACGGAGGUAAGCUCUUCCAGCCAAGCCGAGGGCACUACAAUCUCAAAUAUUGGUCAGACUCCGGUGCCAAACCAGGGAGUUAUGCAACAAGUACAAGUUUAUGCGCCAACUUCUGUCCAAGGGCAGUUUCAUUAUCCUAGUACGUGGUUCCCAGCAGGCCCUUCUCACAAUUUGACGCCUGCUCCUGGAUUUAUUUCCCCACAAAAUCCUCCAUCAGUUAGGAACAAUCCAAUCCAUUUGUCAACACCAACCUCAAACAUUUCUAAUGUGCCAUCAUCAUUUGCGCGUCCACCUACUCAAAUUCCUUUCAACCCAGCUUUCCAUGGCCCUCCUGUUCAUCCUCCCAGACAACAGUUACCUGUACAAGACUUGCAGCAACCUUUCAUGACUCAAACCAGUCAUGUUGGCCAGUCCAGAGUUCAUGGUUUGACGAUUCAACGGCCUCCAUUGGUUCAAUCUAAUGUUUCAAAUCCUAACUUCACUGGUAGCGGUCCAUUACCUUCAGGACUACUCCCGAAUAUGCCAGGAUCAGCAGUUCCCAGUAGCAUUCCACCAGCAUCACUGCCUGAUCGCCCAUUGGCACCUAUCAUGGUUUCUACUGGUUUUUCUGGACCCACAGUUGGCGGUUCAGCGUCUGUGGGUCCAAAUAACAUGGGACAGACGGCUCUAUCACUUGCCCCACCCUUGGGACCUCAUACAGCUCUGCCGCACGGUGUUAAUUCUUCUGGCGCAGCACCUGCAAAUAUGGAUGUAUAUUCAUCUUUUCCUUCUGGACCAUCCAACCCCCAAGCAACGGGCGUUCAUACAAACCGCCCUAUUGCAGCUCCAGUGCCGUCACCUCAGAUGGGGCAUCGCCCACCAUUUUCAGUGCCUUCAGCACAUAACCCUGCUGGCAACUUCAUUGCUGGAUCUGCUUCAAACCUUCCAACACCACCUACAAAUACAAGUAAUUUUACAUUCCAACCACGUGGUCCACAAAAUCCACCUACUCAAACAAUUCUCAAUUUAAACAUUCAGAACCCUUCAACCGUACCUACAUUGCAACACCCUGCAUCUGGGGCACCCUCUUACCAUCCAGCGGGCCCAAAUUUUCCCAGAGUUGGUAAUCAACCAUUUCCUGGACCCCAAGCUGGCAGCCAGAUAGGUAAUAAUCAAAUUCAAGAGAUUGCAGCUUCACAUCCUAUUGGUAUGCAAGCCUCACCUAGACUUCCUGCUUUCCUGGAUCCAGGGCCUCGAACACCACUACAUCAGAGAAACUUCAGUCCAGCCAUGCAAAUGCCAAAUUUGCCAGGAAAUUUUCCCCACAGACCAGGGAAUCCCAUGCAACUUGAACAAGGUUUCCCCAUACGAGCUACUCGACCUGAAGUCCGCUUUGCUCCUCCACAGUUUGGUGGCAAUCUGACGUUUUGUUCUGGUAAGCCACCUCCAAGUUCGGGAGGGCAGCAAAUUUAUGAUCCAUUCUCCCCCACAUCUGUGUCAGGCGCACAACAGCAGGGGAGGAAUCCUGCGAAAUGACAACUGACGAACUGCACCAGGUUUUGUUAAGCCAGGCUGCCCUGAGUUUAUUGAUUGAAAUUUGUCACGGAUUCUCUGUAUUCAAGUUUUACUAAAAAGAAUGUGAAAAAUUACCCUCGCUUCUAACGGUGAACGAUAGUUUACAACUUCUAUGGUGCACUGGGUUAGAUUUCACUUAUUUCCAUAAUAUCUUUAAAGUUUCUAGCUUCAAUGAUUACAUUACAUGAUAUAGCCCUUGUGGUCUUUUCCUAUG